GAAAGAGGGGAGGGCUGAUAGAUACAUCUGGAAGUUAUUUGGAACAGAGUUGGAAAAUAACCGAUAGAAAGUCAGACAGAAAGUCUAAGACAACUUAAAAAGUAGUUAUAAAGACUUAGGGGACAUAAAUACACUACCAAAUAAAUACUUUACUUUAUAAAAUUCUGUAUUUUCUAAAAAGGACAGUGACUUUUGGAAUAACAAGAGGAAUUCUGGUGACAAAGGACGGGAACUUGAAGGAUAUAAAAACCAAAAAGGAACAACUGUGUGUGAAAGAUUUUCUAUAUCUUAAACCAGAGGACUAACUUUUCAUCUUUACAACUUCACUUAAGCUUUUAUGGCUCCUGUUGCGUCAAGAAUCCAAAGAACUAGAGCAGAAAACAUUAACAUAUAAAUAAACCGAAUACAAUCUCAUGAAUUUCAUCAGUACAAAACGACAAAAGACAAUACAAGACGUUUAGGAUUUAGGACAAAGUGAGAGCUCCACUAUAUUCCUGGAAACUUUCGAAUUCCAAGUCAUUGUUUUGUUCUCCAUCUAUUCAAAGAAUGGCUGCGUCACGAGGUUGCCUCUGCUGUGUGAAAUAUCUCAUGUUUGUCUUCAACCUCAUCUUUUGGUUGGGGGGUUGUGGCUUGUUUGGUGUUGGGGUGUGGCUCACCUUCACUCAGUCCGAGUUUUCAUCUCUACCGUUGUCCUUCCCUUCACUCUCUGCUGCCAAUCUAUUGCUUGUCGCUGGUGGUGUCACCAUGGUAACAGGUUUUCUCGGAUGCCUUGGUGCUCUGAAAGAACAGAGAUGUCUACUGAUGACGUUUUUUGUGAUUCUCCUGCUCCUUGUCCUGACUGAAGUAACUCUGAUUCUAAUUUUGAGCAUCUUUCAUGAAGAGUUGGACAUGAAAGCUAAGGAUGAUCUGAAAGAGGGAAUGAAAGACUAUAAUAAAAAUGAAGGGCUGAAAAAAUCCUGGGACAACAUGCAGAAAAUUUUUAAGUGCUGUGGGGUCAGCAACCACACCGACUGGCACAAUAAUACAUUCAAUGGAGAACUUCCUCACUCAUGCUGCAGGGACAGUAUUGGUCCCUGUCAUCGAUGGGAAGAGCCAUGCUAUGAGAAGGCCAAGAACUGGCUGCUGGCCAACAUCACCUCCGUGCUUGGAUUCGGAAUCUGCAUUGGAAUCGUUCAGAUACUGGCUCUGGUAUUUUCCAUGCUGAUGUACUGCCAGAUAUUACGGGCAGAAAAAUACAUGGACUGACACUUCCUUCACACCAUUCCGCCAGGGGCUCUUACACAGAUAAAUGAAUAUAUAAUGAAUGUUUAAUCGGACUGAGAAAUCUGCCUUAUAGAGAUACUACACAUGAUAUGAAGAAAUUAGUGUUGCACUUACAAAGAGAAGUUCUGCUAACUCUCUCCUAAAUUUAUUUACCUGGGUCAAUGCUAAAUAGAUGUGUGAAUGAAUGAAUAUAGGGUGAAUGUACAGAGUAGGUGGAAAAAGUAAACAGUAUUAUUGCAUUCUUUCUUCUGCUUGAUCAAAGCCAAUCUCCUAUAAGUGGAAAUGAUGAGCGAGCUGAUCUGUGUUUAUAUCUUUGGAAAUAAGGAUCGAACUAGUGAUUUGUUGGCCAUUUUGUUGCAUUAUAUGUCUGUUAAGGUAAUGAAAGCAAAAUAAAUGAAACAACAAAAGA